AUGGCUUUUGAUCGCCGCUUGGCGUAAUGAACGGAGCACGGUGGGUGUGAUAUUACGCGAAAUACACCCUUGCGUCCCAAUACUAGGUACCUAGUAGUAUCACAACUCCCGACAGAUAUGAGCAUGGGAUCUUCCGUUGAGUCAAAUCCGCCUCGCCAAUGUUUGCAAUGGUACUCCUCUUGGCAGGACCAAGAGGCUUGGCUAUGGAAUUGUUUGUCUUGUGAGGCGCAGAAGCUUUGUUUUCCUCAGAAUUGGGCCUAUACGUGGAAUUGAUUCUUUC